AUGGACACGUCGUCAACCCUCGCGACGAGCGCCACCCCGACAAUUCCCGCCGAACAGCUUGCCGCACUUACAUCGCUGCUGUCGGGACUCACCGCUGCCGCUUCCGGCACUACCGCACCCGCCACGACAUCCGGCUCCAAUCGCAAUGCCUUCCCGAAGCAUGCGCGGUUGGACGGGCCGAAGACGUUCGCGAACUGGACACGCCAGCUUCGCCUGUGCCUAGCGGACGACAUCCGCUCCUACGUCCUCGACGGAAUCACCCCCGACGAUUGGACGCCUUCGCAACGCUCCGCCCGCGACGUCGUGGCACGCGAGAUCCUUGCAAACUCAAUCGACUCGGCCGAAGUCUCGGCAGUCCUCGACAAGAUCCCUACGGCCGACCUCACAGCGCCCAAGAUUUACUCGACGCUGAAAUCGCGAUACGCCCCUGAUGACGCCACUCGCACGCUCGAGCUCUUCUCGCGACUCUGGGGCUUCCGACCCAUGCCCGGAACGGUUGGCGAAUUUGACAGUUGGAUCAUGGACUUCAAGUCGGUCGCGCAAGAGAUCAUCGAUACGAAAACGACGAUCAACGACGUCCUUGCCACACUCCUCCUCGCGAUCGCCCACCCGUCACUCGAGAGCUUCAAGGCAACGUUCACCGACGAACAACGCACGCAACGAACUCUCCCUGACAUCGAUUCAGUGGCCGACCGUAUGCGAGUUCAACUCCGGUCAACGAACCUCUCCAACGAUCAAUCGGCCCUCCUUGCCUCGUCGUCGCCACGUUCUACCCGUACCAAGUGCCUCGCCUGUCGCAGCUCUUCUCACCGCGUCGCACAAUGCCCUACAAGGGCCCAGCAUCCACCGCCAGGCCCGUGUCGCUCCUGUGAAGAGUCCACUCUCAGCUCGACAGGGGCGCCUCGGUCGUUGCGCGCACUUGCUAGCCCGCCCCCGGCGGUGGGGACUUAGACGCGCGCGACUGCCUCAGCGCGCCAGCGCCGGCGGAUUCAUGCGCGCGCCCGCUAGCCCGCCCCCUUGCGGUGGGGACUUAGGCGCGCCGGCGAUUUCACCCGCGGCUGACUUAGGGAUGUACAUUGUCACGCGCCUGGGACUAUCCCAGCGUGGCCCCCCCCUUUCUGUUUCUUAGCUUCCUUCUCAUCACUUCUGUUCGACUCUCAACCUCUCCUGACAGUAGUGGUGAACGUCUCAUAGGUACGCUGAAAUAGAUCACUUCUGUUCGACUCUCAACCUCUCCUGACAGUAGUGGUGAACGUCUCAUAGCUCCUGCAAGAAGAAGGACCACUGGUCUUUCGACUGCAAAAAGGCUCUUGAGGACGGGAAAACGCCCGACACCUCUGAUGCGCAACACCAUGUCGGAUGUCUCGCCACCGGUCUUCUCGCACAUCGUCGUCAGCUUCGCAACAACUCCUUCGUCGUCGACUCGGGUGCCACUUCGCACAUGGUCUCGGACAAGUCGCUGUUCACGGCCUAUCGCCACAUCGCUCCUACGAAGAUUGGUGGUAUUGCAGGGGGCAUCAACGCCGUCGGAACGGGAAACAUCGCCUUUGUUGCCGCCUCCGGUCACCCGAUCACGCUUACCGGCGUGCUGCACACCCCGGGCCUGUCUGUCAACCUCCUCUCGGUCUCUCGACUUUGCGACACCGACGAUGUCCGUGUCGCCUUCACGAAGCACGGCAUCCAUAUCGACAAGAACGGCAAUGCUAUCGCUGAAGGCGCAAGACUCGAGGAAGGGCUCUACUUGCUGGACGCUGAUCAUUCCAAAUGUCAGCAUCUCGCUCUCCUCUCUCGCUCACAGUCUUCCGUGCCCCUGCUGACCCUUCACCGCUGCCUCGGCCAUCUCGCACCGUCGUCCAUACAGAAGAUGGUUGCCGCUGGUUUGCUGGAAGGUCUCGGGGCCGGAUAUAGUGACGAAGAGGUAGAGAAGUUUGUCUGCAAUGCUUGCCUCAGUGCAAAGGGCCAUCGUCUUCCUUUUCCCGAUUCGGACUCGCACUCCUCAGAGAGACUCGGCCUCGUACACAGCGAUGUGCUUUCCUUUCCCGAGUCGUCCUUGACUGGCAAGCGUUACCUGGUCACGUUUCUUGACGACUUCUCGCGCAAACUGUGGGCAUACGCGAUCGGACACAAAAGCGAAGUCUUUGGCGUGUUCAAGACAUGGCUUGCCGAGGUCGAACUCGAGACGGGUGCAAAACUGAAGGUCCUCCGAACCGACAAUGGUGGCGAAUACUGUUCGAGAGCGCUCACGGAAUUCUGUAAGGCACGCGGCACACGUCGACAAUACUCUAUCCCUCGAACGCCUCAACAGAACGGUCGUGCCGAACGAGUCAAUCGUUCUAUCGUCGAAGGUGUCCUUGCCCUCCUUGCAGACGCCCACUUACCCAAAUCAUUCUGGGAGGAGGCAGCAGCUUAUUUCGUCUACUGCAAGAACCUGUGCGAACACUCGGCCCUGGACAAGGCAACACCGAACUUCGCCUGGCAGGGCGACCGCACCAACGCCUCGGCGCUUCACCCGUUCGGCUGCACGGCUUGGCUCACAGUCGCGCCUGAACUUCGCUCGAAACUCGACCCGAAAGCGGUUCGCGUUCUCUUCACCGGCUAUGACCUGGCUUCUAAAGCCUUCCGUUUCUACGACACGACGACCAAGAAGAUCAGUUUGGGCAGAAAUGCCAGGUUCCUCGACAACGAAUUUCCCGGGUUACGUAGCGACUCCACCGAGCAAGACGCCGACACGCACUUCGCCAGCGCUUGCCCGACCACCGAAUCCCAAGCCGUUGUCAAGACAUGGACCCCACUAGUAAGGUCGGCGCACAUGGACGUCUCAUCCUCUCUUGAUGACUCUGCCAUGAGCGCCGUUGACGUGGCCCCAGGGUACACUGGCGGAACCUUACUUAAUUCCACAGAUGCCGAAUCGUCCUCGUCACCGUCUCCUGAGCCGUCCUCGUCACCGUCGCCCGCAACCCCCUUGUCACCGUCGCCUGCGCUGUCACCGUCGUUGGCUGCGUCAUCGUCACCCUCGGCCUUACCGACCGACUCUGACUACUCCGCCGACCCUCUGGACCUCAUCGGCUCACAGACCCCGACUCGCCUCGGCCCACCGGACGUGCACCGCCCAGACUUCAGCACGUACCGUGAGCCCGCAUCGGCUGAGGAGUCGCCCGACGAACUCGACAUCAUUGGGCGCCACUCGCGCGAUGAAUCGCCGGACGAAAUCGAUUUCCUCACCCAACACCACCGCGCCUUCAUCGCCACCGACGACGACAACUCUGACACAGAAGCCAUUCAACCAGUCAAGUCCAUCACCAGCGACCCACAGACAUGGCGCGAGGCAAUGUCGAGUGACAAGCGCGAAGUGUGGGCCAAGGCCGCUACCGACGAGUUCAAUUCCAUGCGCGACGACUUCAAGGUCUUCACCAUCGAGGACCGAUCCACGGUACCAGCGGGUGCGACCAUCGUCACAUCCAAGUUCGUCUGGAAAACGAAACGGAAUGCACUCGGCGAAGUCACCGGCCACAAGGCACGGCUCGUGGCGCAGGGAAAUCGGCAACGCGACGGCAUCGACUUCAACGAAACCUUCGCACCAGUCGCACGCUUCUCCUCGAUACGCUCACUCCUCGCGCUGGCGGCCGCCAACGGCUUGCACGUGCACCAGGCGGACAUCGACAAAGCCUAUCUGCAUGGCGACCUUGACCAUGACAUCUGGAUGACGACACCGCGCGGCUUCGACCUUCCCACCGACAAGGUGCUUCGUCUGCGACGCUCCAUCUACGGACUCAAACAGGCUGGCCGAAUCUGGAAUCGACACAUCGACGCAUCGCUUCGAGAUCUCGGCUAUACGGCGACGGGCACCGACCACUGCGUGUACUCUCGGAUCGACGAUCGGCGACGCCCACACUACAUCGCGCUGUACGUCGACGACCUCCUGAUGAUCAGCCCCGACUUGGCCGAAAUUGAACGUGUCAUCUCGGGCCUCGAACAACGCUACGGCGUCAAGCGCCUCGGCCCGGCAGAGUACAUCCUCGGCAUCCAGAUCAGGCGACUCGAAGACGGUUCUAUUGCCCUGUCCCAGGAACGGUACAUCAUGGACGUGCUUGCUCGGUUCCACUUCGACACCACGACUCGCGGCACUACAGUCCCGAUGACCCCCGGCCUUUCGCUCACCGCCAUCCCGGGUCAAGGCACCGAACGGAUCAGGUCAUGGUAUCUGCAGGCUAUCGGCUCGCUCCUCUACAUUUCGCUCGGCACCCGCCCCGACAUCGCCUUCGCCGUGUCCUACCUGGCCCGCUUCGCCAACAACCCUGGACGUCGUCACUGGAUCGCGGUCAAGCACAUCCUCCGCUAUCUCCGGGCCACAUAUCGCGACGAACUGGUUUAUGCUUGCGGCGAGACACGCAUCACGGGCGUGGUUGGCUACUCCGACGCGAACUGGGGGGCCUGCGUCGAUACGUCGGUGUCCACUAUGGGCUACGUCUUCUACAUUGCCGGAUCCGCCGUGUCUUGGUCGUCCAAGCGUCAAUCUCGAGUUGCCGAUUCUACCACCGACGCUGAAUACCUCGCCCUCUCGCAUGCUGGCAAGGAAGGGAUCUACCUCAGUCAGCUGCUCGAGGAGCUCCAUGUCCAACCUGUUGCACCGGCUCACAUUUUUACUGACAAUGAAGCCGCUGCCGCAGUUGCCCACGACCCUGUCCGCGUCUCCGGCACUCGACACAUACGCUUGCGCGAGCACUUUGUUCGGGACAUGGUGAAUCGGGGCGAUAUCUCACUCUCGCAUGUGGGAACCAGCAACAUGGUGGCCGACAUCUUCACAAAGGCUCUUGGCCCAAAGAUUUUCUCGACACACUGCUACGCACUAGGCCUUCGCACUCGACACCCACGGCUUGGAUCUGCCUCGCAUUCGCGUGGGGGGGGGUGUGAAGAGUCCACUCUCAGCUCGACAGGGGCGCCUCGGUCGUUGCGCGCGCCUGCUAGCCUGGCCCCUGUGGUGGGGACUUAGGCGCGCGCGAGUGCCUCAGCGCGCCGGCGAUUUCGCCCGCGCCUGGGCAUAUCCCAGCGCGGGCCCCCUUUCCAUUUGUGAGGAAUCCACUCUCCGCUCGGCUCAGGACUUAGGCGCGCGGAGCGAACCGGGCGCGGACUUAGGCGCGCGGAGUGAGCCGGGCGCCCCGGCCCAGGACUUAGGCGCGCGAAGCGAGCCUGGGACUUAG